AUGCAGGCUGUACUACCCAAUACGGGUCGCGCCGAGGGGCGGCGCGUCGCCGGCUCUACGGGACGCUCUCAACACUAUCCGCGAGGCGUGGGCAGAGCCGCGUUCGCUCAGGACCAGAAGUGGGUUAAGGUACGACGUGUUGGUACCGUCCAAUUCCCUGUGCCUAAUACUCGCAGUCGAGCAGUGCGCGCCACGCGAGCGACGUGCGGGCGGCCCGCGCGCGCGCCCAUGGAGCACGCGCCUCUCGCGGAGCUGGCGCGGCCCGGCGCCUCGCCCGGCCUCCUGCGCCGCCGCUACUCCGUGCCCGAGACCAUCAUGAGAAAGUAUCGGUUGGCGCAACAAAGAUCGGAUUCGGAAGAGAGCGUGCCUGCCACCAGCCGCUCAGCGGCGUCUGCGUCUCCGACGCCGGCUGAUGCCGCGCAUAGGUUCGCACGGCGCGACCGCGAGUUGAUGCGCAAGUCAGCACUACUGCGGCGCAUGUGGGGUCGAGCUGACUGCCGCGGUUGCUGUUGUUGCAGCGAGGAACCUGCACCUUGUAGUCGUGAAACGCGUUCGCUAGACGGCUCCCGCUCCGAGCUACGCCAUUUAUCGAGUGGGCUCACUUCGUCACGCUAUUCGCAAGCAGUCGCCGGCUGGGCUACACCAAAACGUCAACGUCUUGAAACACGUGAUUUUCGGGGCAGUGACGAGAUGCUUCGCGCUGCUAUGCGCAACAGUUAUGACCGCGCGGAAGAGUCGCGCGACCGUGCCGCACGCGCCGACCUCUCUGAUUCUACAUACCGCUCGCAUGCGGGUCACCGAGAGACAUUAAUGGACCCUUUUACAGACAGCGAUGCGUCAAAGUGCGACGAUCGAUCUGGGACUCCAGGGAAAGACGUAUAUACACAGUAUUCGGAGCGGCAUUGCUCCGACACGGCCACUCAAGAAAUAAAGUUCGUUGAUGACACGUACGUGAACAGUGAACUAUUGCAAUCGCAGACGCAUGUACGCCAUAUUAGUGACGAGCAGUCGGUCAGUAGUUCAUCCGAUACGUUCACCGCAUCGUUAUGUACUGCUAAAGAUGCAUUAGCGAGCGUACGCUCGAGGCCUGUGGACUUGAACCAUAACGAGCAUGGCAAUGAAAGCAUUAGUAAACGCGGCGAUCACAACUUAUUUCAAUAUCAUGAACCACUCGCCAUAGAGACUGCGCCUUCGUAUGAGGUUUUGGAAAUCGUCGUUUCAGAAUCUUUGAACACGAACUCAGUGCCUACUAUUAACGCGCCAGUGCCAACAGAUAAUAAGCGAUCUUCCAAUACUCAAAAUGCGCCACCGCAUGCGCCAAGGAGGGCACAAAAUAUAAAUAUUGACGAGUAUGUCUCAAAUAUUCUGGUAGAGAGUCUGAACUCAUUGUCAGAUCAACUGGAAUGCAUGAGCGCUACAAUCGGGAGUGACAGGAAAAUAAGCAUCGUUGAGAAAGAGAUUAAAGUUAAGUUACAGAACACAGGAGUAAACACAAUAGUGCAUUUGAGUCCAACGUCAAACAAUCAGAUCAUCUUCGGCAACGAAGAGUUGUGCAACAAAGUCGGGAGUCGCGAUUCAUGCAACAAUGCUAUUACAAUUCGCGAGGAGGAGAGCGUCGAGUCCAAUAACAAUGUGCCGGACUCAGCGGAGCGUUGUCCCUGCGAAUCCUUCGACAUACACCACGACAACGUGAACCAGGCCGUUUUACAACAGAUACAGAAACUAUUCCAGGACGAGUUAAACGGUGCAGCAACAGCCAACUGCCAGAAUAUGCCUGAGAUCUCGCAUAUUGAGAUAUCUGACGUCGACGUAUUUCUUAAUAACGCAGAGGCGGAGCUUGCGGCGCAAGACGAACGGUCUUCAGCUAGCCACGAACCCUGCCAGUACGAGGUAAUCAGUAGUGUGGGUGCUUGCAAUUAUUAUCUGGACACUUCCGAUAAUCCGGUUGUGCCGCGUUUCUCUGCCCUUCCACACACAGACUCCAUGGAGGUUAAUACCUCCUCCUCAGAGGAUGCCGAUGUCAUCGGGUCUGACUGCACUAGCCUUGUUGACAGCCUCGACGAUCCAAAUUCUCCACGAUCUGUUCUCUUACGGAAGGCUUUUAGUAAUAGAAGGGGCGAGCUGGUACGAUCCGCCAUAGAUGUUCUCGAUCUUUUACCUGAAAAUGCUUGCAACGACAUUACACCGAGGGAAAAGCCCGAAUCUUUCUUCAUAGGCAUAAAAGACAACGGAUGUGACUGCGACAAGGAGAACAUUAAUGUUGCUGAUCGCAUGCCUGAAAAAAUAAAGCAGCGACUCUAUCGCCGACAUCGUAAGAGAGAACUUCGCAUGGAGUGCGCGCGGCGCACACGCAACAGGCAACAGCGCCGCGAAAUAGAGCGUGAUCGCGCCAUGCACCGAGAAACCUAUCGCUCACAACGUGAAGUUGAGCGCGACUGCAUCGCCAUCGUGAACGCGCUCAUUGAUGACGUCAUUGCUAAAAUCGCACAGGAUGAGUACAGGUGCAUGCGUAUCAAGCAUCGGCCCAUUAGAGUACUUCCUGCCAAAACUGAUAUUAAUGUAUCCAAGCGCACCUGGAAGAAGGAAGUAGAACCUAUCUACGACCGGGAGCCCUUUAAGGCUAUAAAAAACGGUUGCGUCCGAUUCGACACCAAGGAGAAAAAAAUGGAGGAGCAGGGUGAACGGCAUCAAAUCCAUGGCAAAUUAUCACUGCGACCGAAGAACGGAAUAGAUGACCGUACGUCCAAGCGAAUAUAUCAGAAGUCAGAGAUACACGAAGGCAACAAAUGCAUAGAGAUCCUCGAAAUACUGGAAUAUGUGAAUGGCUCGCAAAGCUCACCGGACAAUACUAACUCCGAUGAAAAUCAAAAUCAAUGCACGAAACAUAAAAAGUCACGCAUUCCUGUCCCGAUCUCCGAGCGGCUGCAAAGACCGCCAAAUAACGGCGACUUUAAAAGAAACAAUAAUAGGCAAUGGUUAGAAGUAACGCGCGGCGCGGAACGGAACGAAAACACGAACAGACUGAUCACCGACAUGUUGCUAGGGGCGCUUGUAGAACACGAAGGCUCGCCGCCACCGCGCCGUGCCUCCGUGCCGGCGUCCCACGAACCUCGUGAGCGUGUCAACUCUCUGCGUUUCCGUCAAGUGUUCGACAUUAUCCCCGAGGAGCGUAGCAGCAUCAGUUUAGAUUCUGCAACCGAAGAUGUCUCUCAUAACCGGCGCGCUUCUGCGCCCGACAUCAUCGACGAAUAUCGAGUCGAAGAACCAUCUGAACGCGAAUGCGAGGACAUACCGCCAGCACCAUCUCCCCUUAGAGUAGAACUACCAGACGACAAAAUAAGGCACUCGCAACCGACCAAUGAGGCGCAGUUGAUGACUAAAAAUAAUAAGUGCGCUGCCACCUCCCCUAUGAACGACGUCGACGCCGACAAGCGACGCCUGCGCUCCAAACAUCAGACAACCAUGACGUCACCGAACAGCAAGUCAGCUGCCACAUCUCCGAUGCGCGCCUCGCCGGGCGUGCCCAUGGCCCGUGGCCGCGGCUGGGCCGCUUCGUCUCGCCUCUCCGCGGAAGGUGUGACGGAGAAGAACGCCGAGCCUGCAAAGUUGCCAUUGCGCCGUUCGGUGACCACGCAGUGUGAGGCAAGACGGACGGUGGCCGCCGCACACGCCGAGCGGAGAGACCGCGGCGAGCGACACAAGCGAGCCGUGCGCGCCGACCGCCGCGAGCGGGUGGUCGUGCAACCUCCUCGCAGACCGCCCGUCGCGCGCUCGCAAUCAUACGAUAACAUUGACAACCUACAGACCACAUCACCUGAAGAACAUAUCCGGAAAGAAAAGAACGAAAGUAGAGAAAAACUUAAAACUGAAAUUGUUUCACUGGAACGUAGCGAGGAGGAGACGAUUCAUCCAGUCAAAUUGCCGGAUUUUAAAGGUGGCGGGAACUCGGAAGGUGUUUUAGGUGUCACGUCGAGUGACAGCAGCGAGUCUGGCAGCAGCCUGCUGUGUCCGCUCGCACCCCGCUGGCUCGCGCCGGCGCCGGCUCGGGCGCGGAGAGCUGCGCGGCGCCGAGCCGCUCCGCACGCCGACCCCGCAGACCUUUCCGCGGCUCCCGACUCUUCCACCGCACAAGCACAUGAGCCCAAAGAUGCACCAGGCGCUUGGUCGGUGACGGUGGCUGGGUCGUGCCGCGCCGCGCUCCCUGCAGACGUCGAGAUGCGCCUACGCUUCCCUCACGAGCGCGACGCACCGCUGCACGCCACGACACAAGCCUGUCAGGAUUGUACGUGUAGCCACUGCGCGGCGUGUUCGUGCUCGGCGCGCACCGAGCGCGUGUCACGCGCGCCGCCCCUGCCGCCGCCCGCGGCUCCCGGCCGCCUCGCGCGGUCUGAUGGCAAACUUACACUCACCAUGAAGAAGGAGGCACUCGAUUCUUCAAUUCUUGCAUCAAAGAGUUCGAGGAAGUCGAGCGCACAGCUGCCCGACGUAGAGACGUACCGGGCGUCACGCACUAGACUCAGGAGCUCCGUCAAGACGCGUCGAGGGUACUCCCUGCACUGCUGGCUGCCCGACAACGAGGACGCGCCGAUCAGGGCACGUAACGGUCUGUCGGUGCUGGGCUGCGCCAUCAUCCCCGAGCUGAAGCCGCGCGUUCCGACCAUGAGCGAGCGCGACCUCACGCGGAUGUACACGCCGCGACACUACCUACGCUCCUAG